AUGAGACGAUUAUGUAUAGCCACAGCCCACGCCUUCCUCUUAGUCUAUGCGGUUACAUCUGCCCCAUCUUUGGACUGUAUAAAACAGUGUUUCGAGGAAAUUAGAGAACAGCGAGGGGAUUAUCAGGAAAUACCCAUAGUGAUAGCGGGUAAUAAAUUAGAUUUGACAUCGACGCACAGAGAAAUUCCGAUCGAGGAUGUUUCAGAAUGGGUUUACUGCGAGUUACCAAAAUUAAGGUGA